CUCUGGGGAAUGUAUGUUUGACUUUCUAUUCCCGGUAAUAUAAGUUCAAAUGUUUGUGGAUAUUUGAAGCUCGGAUGAAAGCGUUUCUAUUCAUGCCCCUAGAAUCUGUGAGGCCUUUUCUUUCUUUUUUUUUUUUUUUAAACAAGAGCCCACAGCAAAACUUGGGUUACUUGGCUGAGGAAAGGAAUGUAGAGCGAGGAGCAGGGUUUCAUCUUCAGCCCCAGGCGGGCGAACCAGUGGCAGAAGGGAAAGCAGAGCCCAGGGGUCCCCAUCCCGUACCUGGGGCGCAGGCCCCGCUGGGGUGGGAGGGAGAGUGGAGGGCCGGGCAGGCUGCCGCCCCCCUGCCCCGGUGUUACUGGGAGGACGGAGGUUGCGACAGCAGCCGAGCCCACCCAGCUGCAGCCGGCUCGGGGCUUAGGGCAGGGGCGGGAGGUGACCACCGCGCCGCUGGCCGCCUCGCCCAGACAUUCCGUUUCUGCCGCUGGAAUGCGCGGACAAGGCUCCUUGUUGGCCUUGGGCGGGGUUCGCCGGGCCGGCCUGGCGCUCGAGGCCCCGGGGGCGGGGCGGGGCGGGGCGGGGCCCGAGGCCGCGGGACCUUUAAAUCCGAGCCUUGCGUGGGCUCCUGGCCCCCGACGGACACCACCAGCCCCGCGGAGCCCACCAUGCCGCGCCCGGCCCCCGCGCGCCGCCUCCCGGGACUCCUCCUGCUGCUCUGGCCGCUGCUGCUGCUGCCCUCCGCCGCCCCCGACCCCGUGGCCCGCCCGGGCUUCCGGAGGCUGGGGACCCGAGGUCCCGGGGGCAGCCCUGGACGCCGCCCCUCUCCUGCGGCUCCCGACGGCACGCCCGCUUCCGGGACCAGCGAGCCUGGCCGCGCCCGCGGUGCAGGUGUUUGCAAGAGCAGACCCUUGGACCUAGUGUUUAUCAUUGAUAGUUCUCGUAGCGUACGGCCCCUGGAAUUCACCAAAGUGAAAACUUUUGUCUCCCGGAUAAUCGACACUCUGGACAUUGGGCCAGCCGACACGCGGGUGGCAGUGGUGAACUAUGCUAGCACUGUGAAGAUCGAGUUCCAACUCCAGGCCUACACAGAUAAGCAGUCCCUGAAGCAGGCUGUGGGUCGAAUCACACCCUUGUCAACAGGCACCAUGUCAGGCCUAGCCAUCCAGACAGCAAUGGACGAAGCCUUCACAGUGGAGGCAGGGGCUCGAGAGCCCUCUUCUAACAUCCCUAAGGUGGCCAUCAUUGUUACAGAUGGGAGGCCCCAGGACCAGGUGAAUGAGGUGGUGGCUCGGGCCCAAGCAUCUGGUAUUGAGCUCUACGCUGUGGGCGUGGACCGGGCAGACAUGGAGUCCCUUAAGAUGAUGGCCAGUGAGCCCCUAGAGGAGCAUGUUUUCUACGUGGAGACCUAUGGGGUCAUUGAGAAACUUUCCUCUAGAUUCCAGGAAACCUUCUGUGCGCUGGACCCCUGUGUGCUUGGAACACACCAGUGCCAGCACGUCUGCAUCAGUGAUGGGGAAGGCAAGCACCACUGUGAGUGUAGCCAAGGAUACACCUUGAAUGCCGACAAGAAAACGUGUUCAGCUCUUGAUAGGUGUGCUCUUAACACCCAUGGAUGUGAGCACAUCUGUGUGAAUGACAGAAGUGGCUCUUAUCAUUGUGAGUGCUAUGAAGGUUAUACCUUGAAUAAAGACAGGAAAACUUGUUCAGCUCAAGAUAAAUGUGCUUUGGGUACCCAUGGGUGUCAGCACAUUUGUGUGAAUGACAGAACAGGGUCCCAUCAUUGUGAAUGCUAUGAGGGCUACACUCUGAAUGCAGAUAAAAAAACAUGUUCAGUCCGUGACAAGUGUGCCCUAGGCUCUCAUGGUUGCCAGCACAUUUGUGUGAGUGAUGGGGCCGCAUCCUACCACUGUGAUUGCUAUCCUGGCUACACCUUAAAUGAGGACAAGAAAACAUGUUCAGCCAUUGAGGAAGCACGAAGACUUGUUUCCACUGAAGAUGCUUGUGGAUGUGAAGCUACACUGGCAUUCCAGGACAAGGUCAGCUCAUAUCUUCAAAGACUGAACACUAAACAUAUCCUUUCUGGAAGGUUUUCUGCUUCUGUCUGGAGCCAACCAAGGUACUACGAUCGAGCCAAACACUUUAAGACAUUCCACAGGCAAGUGACUUAUUUGUUAGGUUUUAAUAUGAGCAGUGGUAAUAUACAACUUUAAAAAAUUUAGAGUUCUUUUCUAAUGGUUUAAUAGACUGUUUCACCCAUUCAAUAUUUACAUGUAAAAGCUGCCUAUUUUGUCCCCU